AUGUAUGCUUUGCCUUCAUUUUCAUCAUAUCGUUAUGUGAUUUAUCAGUUUUUAGAAUAUGCAAUUAUAGAAGUUUCUCAUGAUCUUAGAGCAGGAACUGUACAAAAUCAAAAUAAAGAACAAUCUAUUAUGCAACAAACUGAAAUAUCAGAAGCUUCUUAG